GAUAUGAUGGUUAGAGCAUAACCAGAGUGACACGUUGAAUUCGCCAUAAUCAAGGAAACCUUUUCCGGGUGGGGAUCUCUGAAAUUAUUCAGUGAGCAACCCUAAUUAACCUGAUUUUUUGCUGAUAAUCACUCUCAAUGGAAUCAAAUCACAAAUCCGGGGAUGGAUUGAGCGGCACCCAGAAGGAAGCAGCCCUCCGCGCCCUGGUCCAGCGCACAGGAUAUAGCUUGGUCCAGGAAAAUGGACAAAGAAAAUACGGUGGCCCUCCGCCUGGCUGGGACGCUGCACCCCCAGAAAGGGGCUGUGAGAUUUUUAUUGGAAAACUUCCCCGAGACCUUUUUGAGGAUGAACUUAUACCACUCUGUGAAAAAAUCGGUAAAAUUUAUGAAAUGAGAAUGAUGAUGGAUUUUAAUGGCAACAACAGAGGAUAUGCAUUUGUAACAUUCUCAAAUAAACUGGAAGCCAAGAAUGCGAUCAAGCAACUUAAUAAUUAUGAAAUUAGAAAUGGACGCCUCCUGGGGGUUUGUGCCAGUGUGGAUAAUUGCCGGUUGUUUGUUGGGGGGAUCCCAAAAACCAAAAAGAGAGAAGAAAUCUUAUCGGAGAUAAGAAAGGUCACCGAAGGGGUUGUUGAUGUCAUCGUCUACCCAAGUGCUGCAGAUAAAAGCAAAAACAGGGGCUUUGCCUUUGUGGAGUAUGAGAGCCAUCGGGCAGCCGCCAUGGCCCGCAGGAAGCUGCUGCCAGGAAGAAUUCAGUUAUGGGGACAUCCGAUUGCAGUGGACUGGGCGGAGCCAGAAGUAGAAGUUGACGAAGACACAAUGUCGUCAGUGAAAAUCCUGUAUGUCAGAAACCUUAUGCUGGCUACCUCUGAAGAGAUGAUUGAAAAGGAAUUCAACAAUGUUAAACCAGGUGCUGUGGAGAGGGUGAAGAAAAUUCGAGACUACGCUUUUGUGCACUUCAGUAACCGAGACGAUGCAAUUGAGGCCAUGAAAGCUUUAAAUGGGAAGGUGCUGGAUGGUUCUCCUAUCGAAGUGACCCUAGCCAAACCAGUGGACAAGGACAGUUACGUUAGGUACACCCGCGGCACAGGUGGAAGGGGUACCACGUUGCAAGGAGAGUACACCUACUCUUUGGGCCACGUUUACGACCCCACCACAACCUACCUUGGAGCUCCUGUCUUCUAUGCCCCCCAGGCCUAUGCAACAAUCCCCAGUCUUCAUUUUCCAGCCACCAAAGGACACCUCAGCAACAGAGCCAUUAUCCGAGCCCCUUCUGUUAGAGAAAUUUACAUGAAUGUACCUGUAGGGGCUGCGGGAGUGAGAGGACUGGGCGGCCGUGGCUAUUUGGCAUACACAGGCCUGGGACGUGGAUACCUGGUCAAAGGAGAGAAGAGAGAAGAUAAGCUCUAUGACAUCUUACCUGGAAUGGAGCUCACCCCGAUGAAUCCCGUCACUCUAAAACCCCAAGGAAUUAAACUUGCUCCUCAGAUAUUAGAAGAAAUUUGUCAGAAAAACAACUGGGGACAGCCCGUAUACCAGCUACACUCUGCCAUUGGGCAAGAUCAAAGACAGCUAUUCUUAUACAAGAUCACCAUUCCUGCGCUGGCCGGCCAGAAUCCUGCCAUCCACCCCUUCACACCUCCGAAGCUAAGCGCCUACGUGGAUGAAGCAAAGACCUACGCCGCUGAGUACACCCUGCAGACGCUGGGUGUCCCCACAGAUGGAGGGGAUGCUGGUACUGCAGCUGCUGCUGCUACAGCUUUUCCAGUUUUCUGUGCCUCAUCUCCAGGUUACGCCAUCCCUAACGCUGCUGCACCUGUGUCUGCAGCCCAGCUCAAACAAGCAGUGACCCUUGGACAGGACCUAACACCAUACCCGGCUUAUGAGGUCUACCCUACUUUUGCAGUGACUGCCCGAGGGGAUGCAUAUGGAACCUUCUGAAGAUACCUUUUUGAAAAAUUAAAAAAUAAGACACACAAAACUUUUCAAGAAGAAAUAAACCUCUAACACAGUCCCCUAAGGAUGAUCACUGGUAAUAUCCUUCCUAAAGCUAUCCAUGCCUUUUCUGAGACCACACCUUACGCUAAUUGUAGAAUCAUGAAGUGAGAAUGUUAUUCCAAAAUGAAAUCAAAUGUUAAGGAGCCUUUUGUUUGACAGGAAUCUGGAGAGCUGUUGCCCCCAGAAAUUGUUCUGUGUUCCUGAGUGUCUUGGGAGUGUGUUUACAAACCUGGACAGAGUGGAGAGAAAUCUUUUAGCCAGCAAGGGUUGGGGCUGAACAGACCUAGGUAGUCAGUAACCACCAAGGAAAGCCUGGUAUACUGCAGAGUCUUAACCCCUGGCUCACAGUUACUUUUGUGGUACACAAAAAUCCCAGAGGCAAAAGGAAGGGAGGAGGUUGCUCUUUGAAAUGCAUUCACCAUUUUCCACUGUGUGGGGCAGGAUCCCAGCCCUGUGCUCAUGAAAGACCAGCCAAGAUUCGUGAGGUCAGCCACACUGCAGUCUGAAAAUGCCAUAGUAUUUGUCAUAGGUGAGGAUCUUUCUGUCACUUGCAGCCCCUGGAGACUUCGUAUAAAUGGAUAGGAUAUGUAGCAGAUAGAGUUAAAACAAAUGCAGGCCACAUUAUUUGCUCAACUCAUUAGCCCACCUAUUUUUCCCUAGAACUUCUACCUUUCCCAAUAAUCCUUCCAAUAUGAAGUGAUUUGUCAUUUGAAACAUUUUGACUUGCCCACAUUUGAUUUAUUUUCAUUUCAGAACUCAUUUUGUUUUUCUCCAAUAUCAGAAAAAUGUAAAUCAAAUCUACCAAAUAAUGUUUAUUAUACUUUUUCCUAUUCAGCAAAUUGGCUGAAAAGUCAUUUCAAAAAGAGAAGUGAAGCUUUUUUUUUUUUUAAUCUUUUUUGCAGCAACUCAGAUGACCAUCCAGCAUUUGGAGACAGUGAUAUUAACUUGGGGUUAGCUUUGGAUUAUCUAAUCCAUUUAUAUUAAAUCAGCCAGGAAAUUCUCUACCUUCCCUUCCUUUUCCUUUCAGUAAGUAUCAGGGUCCUUUUGUCUUAAAGCUGCCUCAGGAAAACCUUACAUCCAUCACUGCUGAUUAGAAACUGUUUCUUCAGACAAUCAACAAGGGUGUUAUUAGCCAAAACCCCCUAGAGUCUUGGGCCUCUUCUUCAAGAGCACCUGAUGGGAGAGGAGGGGUACCACUGGGCCCUAGAACGGAGGUAGGGGCAGGCACUCCUUCCCUGCCAUACUUGGAAGUGACUGCUUUGUUCAGAACAGAAAUAGUCAAAGUCCAACACCAAAUACCUAUCACUGCUACUCAAGUCUCAUUAGUGGUUUAAGACAGACCGUACUGUAAUUUCCAUUUUAAAAAAUCCCUUGGCACUUAUAAAAUUCUACAGAACUCAAGGGAAAAAAUAUAAACACUAAGGCACUAAAAAUUUUGUCAACUCUUUAAUGGGAUUCUUUCAACCAAAAUCAGGCCAGAUUCCAAUCAAAAUCAGGUAAAUUUCAAUCACAAUUAAAAUUACUCAUAACCUUUCCAUUCCUUUACCUACAAUCAGCUAUCAAAGGAUUCAAAGCUACAGUUGAAUCUCUGAAAGUCCCUGAUUUCUGUUUUACAUUUAGCUUCUCAUACUCUGUAGGGCAGCAGUUCUUAAACUUGGCCGCACAUGAGAAACACCUGGAAAGCUUUUCAAAACGCUAAUGCCAAGAUCACAGCUCACAUCACUCACACGGGAACGUGCUGGAGCAGGGGCUCGGCUUCAGAAUACUUUAAAGAUCCCUAGUGAUUUCAUUGUGCACCUAAGUUUGGGAAACUGCUAUUUUCUUGUAUUUCUAAUCUAUCCCUUAAUAUUUUUAUUUUACUUUUGUUAAAUAGAAAACAGCAAGAAAAGAAUUGUCUCAGUUAAAACAAAUAGCCAAAUCUUAUUUUAUAUGUGUUCAUCUCACAAUCAAUAUAAAUUUCAAUAAAAUUCAUAUAGGCUUCAAAUUAUAGCAGAAAAUAAAAAUUCUCCUAAAUCAAUUCUUAUCUCCAAAUUUAUACUCACCCAUGGAUCUGCUUCUAUUCUUAAAAAUGUAAGAAUAAAAGUGUUCUUACACUUUAAAUGUACGUAAUUACACUAACCUAACAAAUGUCCAUGGGACAUUUGGCAAAUUCUAUUCAGCCUAAAAACAUGUCCCAAAUUCCAAGAGCAAAAAUUUUGAAAAUCCUUAAGAAAAAUAAAUAGCAAAUGCAUUCCAUGUGUAUAGUCAACGCAAAAUAGGUUUGAUGUAGAGGAAUUUUAAAUUUGAUUAAAAUGAAAAAAUUAUAUAGUAUUCUCCUUGUGAGAAAAGUAAUUAUUCCAGAUAAGUCCUAACCACUUGUUUAAAAGAUAAAGAAACCCAAAUAUACAAUAAAUCACAUGUCAAGAAAAUUGCCACUGGAACACCAUCUCAUUACUUUCAAGUAAAAACACAACUAUUCAUGCAUUUAGCUCCUUAGAAAUGAUUUAUACAAAGAAACAGAUGUGAGGGUUUUGCUGAAAUUUGACUUUAUUUAGUGAUAGUAUCUAGAGAAUACUUUGAAUUUCAUUAGAAUAUAUUCAUAGCAAGUGUUAAGUUGUCCACCAUGCCAUAUGUAUGUUCUUACUUACCCCAAGUUAAGGAAUAUAAAGCAGGUCGGUCCUGCCACCAGGAGUUUCAAAGUAUUACAAUAAUUAAACAGGUUUUUUAAGAUCAAGUGGAGAACUGAAGGCUAAUUUUGUAUAAUGUUUGUAUUUUUAGACUUAAAAAAUUAGUGCCUAUUUAACAUCUUCAUACCUUCUGCAUCACUCUCCAUUUUUCUGCCAUUUCUUACUUAACUGCUUUCUAAUUCUCCGUAGAAAAAAGUAAAAUUAGUGACCCAACCAAGUGAUAAUAACAAAACACCUAAAACAUAAUUUGGAAACAUCUAGUAAAUUAGAAAUAGGUGUCUAAAUUUUGGUAAUUAAUAGCUGACUGGUGAUUAAAAUCAUCCCAAUGUAACUUGGGAGGAAAUGGAAUAGCAAUGAAAUUAGGUAUCUAUUUUCUUACCUGUAAACAUGCUGCCCCUUCUCAAACUGCUUUCUUCCUUUCCCACUGCAUUAAUAGAACUAGAAGAGUGCCUUCAACCAAAUCUAGUUCUCCAGGAUGACCUGGAUACCCUCCAACCCAGCAUCCCGCCGAACCACACUGUGUUUGGGUAAUAGCACCCAAAAUGCUGCUAGAAAGCUACCUCAUGUUAAGAAAAUAUUGACUUCAAAAAGUAUUUAGCAAAAGAAAACCUAUUUCCUAAGCAUAAUUUUAAAAGGUAGAAUGGAUAUUAAAAACUAUGUAUUAAUAGUAGCUAUGUAGAAAAUUAGUUUUUGUUUUAAGAUUUUUUAAGAAAAGCAUAUUCUCCCAGUCACUUAAUAAGCAAAAUAUUGCAUCCAUUUUCAAUUUACAUUAAUUUUCAUUAUAUUUUAGAUAACUAUUUUACAUUUCCGUCUUGGACCACUGAGCCUUGGUAAGAAUUUACAUAGACAGGGUGACAUUUACAGAAUGAAGGACAAUAAGGAAAAUUAAUACUUUCUUUGAAUUCAGAGCUACAAUGUUUGAUAAAAUUUAUUAUUGUUGAGCAACUCCACACCCACCCACACUUUCCAUAACUUACAACUAAAAGUGAAAAAUAUGCCCAAUAUUCACAUAGAGUCAUUGUUAUUUAUCCUUUCCUUGCAUUCAUACAGAAGUUCCCAGGAGGGUGAAAAUGUAUCUAAAAAUUAACGUAGAGACUUGGCACUUUUUAUAUUUUAUACAUAUACUUUCAUGUUGUAAAUAUAUCUGUUAAAGAUAAAUCUAAGUUUCAAAUAUAACACUAUUGGAAAACUUUGUGAUAAAUAUUUUUAAAUAUAUGAAUAGCAUAUCUUAUGAAUUUUUAUACUUAUCAGAAGCCAGAAAGAAACUAGGCAACAAGCAUUCCCACCUGAUAUGUAAUCACUGUCAACUAGGUUUUGUUAAACUGAUUGUCAAAUUUAAUUUUGAAAUUUUACUUCAUUCUAGUAGCAUCUUGAAAAUGCCCUUGUUACUAGAACAUAUUCAUAGAAAGUCAAAUGUAUCAAUCAGCCUAUAUAUUUAUUUUUGCCAAUGAUAAAAGAAAUGAACAAAUUGUGCUAAGAGUGAAACAAUUAGAAACACAACAUUUUUCUGGUCCCAUAUCCUAUCUCUUUACCUAUAAAGUAAAAACAUUUAAAAAUAAUUUAUUAAAUAAAAAAAUGGGUAUAGAAUAUUCUGUUGUCCCCCCAAAACAUUCAACAUUUUAAAAGCCAGCUUUUUCUUAAGGCAUUUAUGCAAAAAGUAAAAUGUACAGAUUUAGCAAUAUAUAUCUUGAACACAUAAACUUAUUUCAAACUUUGUGUCCCUAGCUGUCCUCAGUUUUGUAGGAAGGAUCAAAGAAAAUUUUAAUAAUGAAAAGGAAUUCGUAUCUAAUCUACAAGGGAAAAUAAUAAUUUGAAGACCAAAGCCUUCAUUCACUUAAACGUGCCCGAAAUAUAAAAUGGAACACUUUUGCAUCUACCUCUCACUGACAGACUUUUCUCCUAUUUUAAAAGAAAAAUUAAAAUACAAUACAUACAAUACUUAGUUUAAGGGAAGGGGAGAUGCCAAGAAACAGCAACUUAGAGAAAGGAAACUGCCCAUGAGAAUUCCUUGGAGACGAAAGAGUGUCAGCCCUACGCAGGGUUUAGCAGUGUCUCUCUAGGGUGACGAUAAUAUCUUGCUUUGCUAGGACAGUGCUGGCUUACGUCAUGCCACCACAAAUGUUAGCAAUUGAUUUCUCUUACUCUCAAACGUGUCACAGUAUAGACAAUAGAUUAGAUAAUGCUCUUCUCUCAUUACCUUUUUUUUUUUUUUUUUGCAGUUUUUUGGCCGGGGCCGGGUUUGAACCCGCCACCUCCAGUACAUGGGACCGGUGCCCUACUCCUUUGAGCCACAGGCGCCGCCUCAUUAUCAUUUUUUUUGUCAAUCUUAUAGAAAAUUAAACAGAAGGGCUCUGACUUAGGCAGGAGCAUAGAGAAUGGAGAGAGAUGACUCACCUUCACCAAAGUGACUCUCAGUCUAGCUGUCCCCCUACCAUUUCUGGUCCUAGAUUUGCUCUCACUACCCCUAGGCUGUGGGUCCUGAGUUCCGCCUUCAGUUGGCAGAGCUAGCAGCCACAAGGCCAGAUCAGGCAGGGGAUGAGACAAAAAGGAAAGGAAAGAAAAAGAAAAGUAAAGAA